CGUGUGGCAUCCCGACAGAACAGGAGAGGAGCAAGUGGCAGUGCUGGGCGUUGGGACCGUGGCUGUCACUGCGCUGGAGCAUCCCUGAGCUUCUGAACAGAGCCGACUAGUCAGCAGUGCAGCAGCCGCAACUCCACGCCGCUCUCAUCUGUCUCGUGUCUCCGCUCAGGCGAUCCUUCCUCCGAGACUCCGCACAAAGCACAUUUUCCAAAGCAGUGCAAGGGAGCGCCCAGCCGCGUGCAGGCGGACGCACCCUUCCUGUCCUUUGUUCCGGGGGGAUCUGCUGCUGCUCUUCUCCCCAAGUCGGAGUCUUUCCUCCAGGGGUGGCGGGUCGCCGAAUACAGCUACGAAGAUGCCUUUGGAACUGACCCAGAGCCGGGUACAGAAGAUCUGGGUGCCCGUCGAUCACCGACCCUCGUUGCCCAGAUCCUGUGGGCCGAAGCUGACCAACUCCCCAACCGUGAUUGUGAUGGUGGGGCUCCCAGCCCGGGGUAAGACUUACAUCUCCAAGAAGCUGACUCGCUACCUCAACUGGAUAGGUGUUCCAACGAAAGUGUUCAAUGUGGGAGAGUAUCGGCGCGAGGCUGUGAAGCACUACAGCUCUUACAACUUUUUCCGCCCUGACAAUGAGGAAGCCAUGAGAGUCCGAAAACAGUGUGCCUUAGCUGCCCUGAGAGAUGUCAAAAGCUACCUGACAAAGGAAGGUGGACAGAUUGCAGUUUUUGAUGCCACCAAUACAACUAGAGAAAGAAGGCACAUGAUCCUUAAUUUUGCCAAAGAAAAUGACUUCAAGGCAUUUUUCAUCGAGUCGGUCUGUGACGACCCUACUGUUGUGGCCUCCAACAUCAUGGAAGUUAAAAUCUCUAGCCCGGAUUACAAAGACUGCAACUCAGCAGAAGCCAUGGACGACUUCAUGAAGAGAAUCAAUUGCUAUGAAGCCAGCUACCAGCCUCUUGACCCUGAUAAAUGUGACAGGGACUUGUCACUCAUCAAAGUGAUUGAUGUUGGCCGGAGGUUCUUGGUGAACAGAGUGCAGGACCACAUCCAGAGCCGAAUUGUAUACUACCUGAUGAACAUCCACGUGCAGCCCCGUACCAUCUACCUGUGUCGGCAUGGCGAGAAUGAGUACAACUUGCAGGGCAAGAUUGGGGGCGACUCAGGCCUGUCCAGCAGAGGCAAGAAGUUCGCCAAUGCCCUGAGCAAGUUCGUGGAAGAACAGAAUCUGAAGGACCUCCGUGUGUGGACCAGCCAGCUGAAAAGUACCAUCCAGACCGCGGAGGCCCUGAGGCUCCCCUACGAGCAGUGGAAGGCACUCAACGAGAUCGAUGCUGGUGUGUGUGAGGAACUAACCUAUGAGGAGAUCAGAGAUACCUACCCUGAGGAGUACGCACUGCGUGAACAGGACAAAUACUACUAUCGCUAUCCCACAGGAGAGUCCUACCAGGAUCUUGUCCAACGCCUGGAGCCUGUGAUCAUGGAAUUAGAGCGCCAAGAGAAUGUAUUGGUCAUCUGUCACCAGGCUGUCCUACGCUGCCUACUAGCCUACUUCCUCGACAAGAGUGCAGAGGAGAUGCCAUACCUGAAAUGUCCGCUCCACACUGUCCUGAAACUGACACCUGUGGCAUAUGGGUGCCGGGUGGAGUCCAUUUACUUGAAUGUAGAAUCGGUGAGCACACACCGGGAGAGGUCAGAGGCUGUCAAAAUACAACACUUUGCCAGUGUAGUCAGACCUUCCUCUUACACCGAACUUGACUUUCAGUCUGUGGAGUCCGCAAAACAGGAUGCAAAGAAGGGACCUAACCCGCUCAUGAGACGCAAUAGUGUCACCCCACUAGCCAGCCCUGAACCCACCAAAAAGCCUCGCAUCAACAGCUUUGAGGAGCAUGUGGCUUCCACUUCUGCUGCCCUGCCAAGCUGCCUGCCCCCGGAAGUGCCCACGCAGCUGCCCGGACAAAACAUGAAGAGCUCCCGGAGCGGUGCCGACUCUUCCCAGAAGCACUAAAGCCGAAAUGUGGGUUCCAUUCCAUUUCCACAGCCUGCCUUGUGCCCGCUCAUCUUCUCGAGGCCAAGUGAUCCCAAGGACUUCUGGACUCGGGGAGAAUGGAGGUCGGCAUGUUGAAGAGUAGAAGCCCUUCCCCCCACUGAGAUGUUGGGGUGGCAAAGACAACUAGGAAGUUGUACAGAUCCCAGCUUCCAGUGAUAGAGCAGCAGACCUUCCUACGCUCUGUUCUCUUUCGGCUUCCAGGGCUGUCUAACCUCUCAGGCCCUUCCAAAGCUUGGAGAGGACUAUAGUACUAGAGGAGGCGAGAUCAGACCCCUAAGUGGGGACCCUGGACACCACCAUGCUGUUUUGUUUUGUUUCUUUGGAUCCUGGCCUGGCAUGUCCAUAGUCAGAAGCUAAGAGUGGCAGAGAAUCCCGAGACUCAGAGUUAGACCCCACUUGCCGGAGGCUCAGGGACGAGAUUGCACAUUCUCAUGUGGCUUUUAUGCAUCUUGGCCUAGGAGGAGGCCUCAGAGACAAGAGACUUGGGCACUGCUGCAUUGGGUAUGGGAUUUCUCCUUCUGAGGAGACCUUGAGCUGAGGCCUACUGGUCAGCUGAGCAAUGACAUGCCCUGACUCCUCUACAGGCCCACAUGUCUUCUGGGUCCCAAGUUAAGGGACAGACUGGUUAUAUCAGUGGAAGGAAGGAUUUUGUGGAAAAAAAUAACCAGGGCCCCCCUCUUCCCAGGCAGGGUCCCUUAGACCUUCUGUUCUUCACCUUGGGCCUGGAAGCAACUGAGUAGAUUCUGUUGUUGGCUGUUUGUUUGCACUUUUCCUUCCUUCCUUCCUUCCUUCC